CCAUUAUAUUAAAUAUCAAUAUCAGUAGUAUAUAUUAUAAGAUUCACAUGCCAAUAUUCGCAACAGACCACAUCACCUUCCUCUAUUUCCUCUGCUCCAAUUUCUCCCAAGUUUAAUUGUUCUCUCCAGUCUCCACCAUUAUAUAUCAUCAAUUAGAAAUUACUCAAAGAAGGCACAUUAAUUAACAUGGGAGAAGAAGCUCAUGAACAUUUCAAAUCAGAAAAUGCUCUGCUUCUCUACUCUGAUGCAACCUUCAAGCCCCCACUUUCUCCUCCUAUGUUCAUAAACAUUAGUUUUCAUUCACAGUCACACACAUCACAAGAUCACAACCCUUCUGCUUUUGAAUCUCAUCCUUCAUCCUCAACCUCACCAAUUAAUGUCCUCCAGCAUCAGCAUCCUAAAGAUGCGUGGCUUCCUCUCACAGAAUCAAGAAAUGGCAAUGCUUACUCUGCAGCUUUCCAUAUCCUCUCUUCCAACAUUGGAUUUCAAGCUCUCAUGCUUCCUGUUGCUUUCGCCACUCUUGGAUGGGCAUGGGGGGCCAUAUGCUUGUCAUUAGCAUUUGUUUGGCAGCUCUACACCAUAUUUCUUCUUGUUCAACUUCAUGAAUCUGUCCCUGGAACUCGUCACAGUAGAUACCUCUUCCUUGCCAUCACUGCAUUCGGUUCAAGGCUUGGAAAGUUAGCAGCAUUAUUCCCAGUAAUGUACCUCUCAGGAGGAACAUGCGUGAUGUUCAUCAUCACCGGUGGUAGGACCCUCAAGCUCCUAUUCAACACACUCUGCGACAACGAUUGCGACGCGCACUCGCUCACUGGCGUGGAGUGGUUCUUGGUGUUCACUUGCGUGGCCAUUCUCAUCGCUCAGUUGCCAAACCUCCACUCACUCACCGCUGUCUCUCUCGUCGGUGCCGUCACUGCCAUAACCUACUGCACCCUCUUCUGGUUCCUCUCUGUUAAGAAGGGUAGGCCCCACGGUGUUUCCUACACUUCGUCGUUGAGCCAUGGUUCUGCUGUGGAUAAGAUCAGUGAUGUUUUGAAUGCCAUUGGAAUCAUUGUCCUCGCUUUCAGAGGUCACAAUGUUUUGCUUGAGAUACAGGGAACGUUACCUUCAAAUAUCGUGGAAACUUCGAAAGGACCGAUGCGAAGAGGAGUGAGCAUUUCCUAUAUACUCAUUGCCAUGUGCGUGUUCCCUCUCGCGAUUGCAGGAUUCUGGGCUUAUGGGAACCAGAUACCAGAUGGAGGGUUGUUAACUGCAUUCCCGCAAUUUCACAGGGAGCAAGUAACGAAAUUCUCAAUGGGGGCAAUGUAUCUUUUGAUAAUAAUACACUGUUUGAGCAGCUUCCAAGUCUAUGCCAUGCCUGUUUUCGACAACCUUGAGCUGAGAUACACGAGCAUGAAGGACAAGAAGUGUCCACGGUGGGUGAGAACAUGCCUCCGUUUAUUCUUCGGUGGGUUCACGUUCUUCAUGGCAGUCACGUUCCCGUUCCUGCCAAGCCUAUCAGCAUUGCUUGGAGGGUUCACCCUGGUGCCAGUUACAUAUGCUUACCCCUGUUUCAUGUGGUUAUCCAUUAAGAAACCUCGCGUAAAGGGUGUGGUGUGGUGGUUCAACCUUGCACUUGGAUGCUUAGGGAUGUUUCUCAGUGUUCUUUUGGUGGCUGCUGCUAUCAAGGCUCUAGCUGAUAAAGGCCUACACGCUAACUUCUACAAACCGUGAUGAUGAUUUGGAGUUAUAACAAGCAACUACAACCAAUUACUUACUUAGUACUUGGUAGCAGUAAUUACUAAUUAACUUAUUUUUCUAUUCCAAUUUUUCUGCUUGGGCCGCCUGCGAGCAGAUAAGUUAAUUUUUCAUGUAUACAUAAUAUUAAAUUGAAAAUGUAAAUAUUCUGAGGUUUGAGCUAUACUGAUGUUGAUUGAUAAUUUUA